CCCUGGUGUCGCAGCGAUAAUCUUUCACUCUGUUGUUACUGGUUUCGUGGAACGCCACGCACCGAGCGCCACAAGGCAACCGCUUGUGUUCCGAAAGUGUUUUUAUUCUUUUCACGGCACACAUCGUGUUACAUUCAAAGAUAAUAAUUAUUGGCUCGCAAUUGACGCAGUGCGUUCAUUGUUAAAGUUAUUGUAAAAACAAUAUACCAGUAGCGUCGUGAUACAAUCCCGUGUAAUAUAUAUCCGAAAGUAGAAGGUUAUUGUGCCACGGAAGGGAGCCAGGCCGCACAGCCGAGAUUAUAAAAAGUUGACAUUGGAACGGCCAUUUUGGCGUGUUGUUUCCGAAUCGAGUGCUGUGUUUCAGCAUCGAUAUCCAUCAGUUUGAAGGAAAUUUGAGAAACUCUAAAGCCUACGAUAUGAUGACCGAAACUCAUAUUAAUUCUAAUCACAUGCUGAAUUCCGGCUUGGGUCCAAAAGGUGAUCUAGAAAAGAUGGACGAUAUAGGUUGGAAAGCAAAACUGAAAAUUCCGCCCAAAGACAAACGCAUCAAAACAAGUGAUGUUACGGACACACGUGGAAAUGAAUUCGAGGAAUUCUGCUUAAAGCGUGAAUUGUUGAUGGGAAUUUUUGAGAAAGGAUGGGAAAAGCCAUCCCCGAUACAAGAAGCAAGUAUCCCCAUAGCUCUUUCUGGCAAAGAUGUACUUGCACGAGCUAAAAAUGGUACAGGCAAGACUGGUGCAUAUUCAAUCCCUGUAUUAGAACAGGUGGAUCCACGUAAAGAUGUUAUUCAAGCAUUAGUGAUAGUUCCUACUAGAGAAUUGGCACUGCAGACAUCACAGAUAUGCAUUGAACUUGCAAAACACAUGGACGUCAAGGUCAUGGUUACCACUGGAGGAACUAAUCUGCGCGACGACAUUAUGAGGAUUUACCAAAAAGUGCAAGUAAUCAUUGCGACACCGGGACGUAUCCUUGAUCUGAUGGAUAAAAAUGUUGCAAAUAUGGAUCACUGCAGAAUCCUUGUAUUGGAUGAAGCUGACAAGCUUCUAUCCCAAGACUUUAAGGGGAUGCUGGAUCACGUUAUAUCCAGAUUACCACAAGAACGUCAGAUUCUAUUAUACUCUGCUACAUUUCCCCUAACCGUAAAGCAAUUCAUGGAAAAGCAUCUGAGGGACCCAUAUGAAAUUAAUCUGAUGGAAGAGUUGACAUUGAAAGGAGUGACACAAUAUUAUGCUUUUGUACAGGAACGUCAAAAAGUUCACUGCCUUAAUACGCUAUUUUCUAAGUUACAAAUUACACAGAGCAUAAUAUUCUGCAAUUCAACACAACGCGUUGAAUUACUCGCUAAGAAAAUAACAGAUCUCGGCUACUGCUGUUAUUACAUACAUGCGAAAAUGGCCCAGGCACACCGAAAUCGAGUCUUUCAUGAUUUCCGCGCCGGACUCUGCCGGAACCUGGUUUGCAGUGAUCUGUUCACGCGUGGAAUUGACGUGCAAGCUGUGAAUGUUGUAAUAAACUUUGACUUUCCGAAGAUGGCAGAAACGUAUUUGCAUCGUAUUGGACGUUCAGGUAGAUUUGGACACUUAGGUAUUGCGAUCAAUCUCAUAACUUACGAAGAUCGCUUUGCCUUGCACCGCAUAGAACAAGAGCUUGGAACUGAGAUAAAGCCAAUUCCAAAGGUGAUUGAUCCAAGCUUAUACGUCGCACGAUUGGAAGAGAAUAGCAUUAUGGAAGAAGGAAACAUAUCCAAGUAGUUUGGAAAAUGUUUACGAUAUGAACAAAAGUAAGAAAAAACGUAAGGAAAUAUACGAAAAUGCUCAAAGCAUCUUCUAAGUGUGGAAAAAGUGAUUUUUUCGGUGCAGAGGAAGGGUAUACAUACAUACAUACAUGCAUACAUACGUACAUAUGUGUAUGUGUAUGUAUGUAUAUGUAUGUAUGUAUACUAUACAUGUAUAUAUAUGCUUUGAACUCACGAUUAUAUGUGAAAAGUUACUUAAGUCUGAAGAUAAUAGUCGACUAAUGCCUAGCAGUGUAAAGAAAAAGACAAAAACAGUGCUAUGAACAUUGAUUUAGAUAAAAAGUGAUUUCGAGAGUUAUGAAGUGGAGAUUAACAACAAAUUAAAAAAACAACAAAACAAAAUUACAACCAUCAUCAUCACUAUCUUUUAGGCGAAGGGAUGAAAAUAAGUUCACUUGUAAAUAUUCAACUGAGCAUGUAAUAAUAAUAAUGAUAAUCGCCUGCUUUGUUCAGUAAACUCAGUGAUUGAUGUGUUGCGAGUGCGAGUGUGAUGUCAUUCUUUGUACAUAAUUACAUACAUAUACAUGUACAUAUAUAUAAAAUAAUGUAAACCAGAGUCAAGCCAUCAUCAAAAGCACAAUAUAAUUGGAAAAGAAAUUGAAAAUAUUAACCGAAUGAGAGAUUGAACGUAACGAUUGAUCAUUGCAUUUUAACGUGAAUGUAAAUAUGAAUGAUGAUACUAAAAGUUAAAAAAAAAAAUACCCUGUGUAAUUUUAAUAGAAAAUUUUUAUACAAUGGCUCUUCAUAAGUUCAAACGUUAUUUUUCUCAUCGUAAGGAAAAAAAAACAUAAUAAUAAUGAAAUGAAGAUGAAAGGGCAUUUUGUGAUAUGAAAUACAUCGUAUUGAAUGAUAUUUCUACUCUUCAUCUGCUACAUAAGCCCAUUUCCAUGCACACUAUACAACUCACAUGUUUCAUUGUAUUUUGAUUCUGAUGGCAUACAACGAUUUUCAAAAAAAAAAAAAACUGUGUUGAACAUGAAAAUAUUACUAGUUGAUUGUGGCUUGAUUUUGUUGCCUAAUUAUGUCAUACAACUCUGAAAUUCAAAUCACUUUUCAAGCAAAUUGUUUAUUUUAUGUUCGUACAAUACCUACAUUGUGAUUAUUUUCCUCUUUUUUUUUUUUUUACUUUAGUUGAACGCGAUUCGAUUUUGUAAAAUAUUGUGAUUGAGAAUCAGAAGUUGUAAAAUUGACUAGUUUUAUACAAUUAUUUUUAUAAAUAACUGGCUGGUGGAAUUUCCGUCAAAUUAUUGUCUUCUUCCACUUCUUUCACGUGGGAUUUCAUUCUCAAUGGAGAAGUAUAGAAAUUUAUCUAAUUCUCAGUUCGUGCAGUUCAUAACACAAAUACCUACGUUUCAUAAUGUCGUUACAGAAUAUUCGGGAAAUAUGUAAAAAUUCGAUUAGUAUAUAUAUGUAUAUAUAUACAUAUAUACUUAUAUAUUAUAAAUAUAUGUAUAUGUAUUGUAUCAUGAACCACCAGCCUAUGACUUAGAUUUAUAAAACGAACUUCAUACAUCAUAGGCAAUAGUUAAAUAUUUCAUAAUUAACAAAAGACAAAAAUUAGGUAUGAAAUAUUUAUACUCUAAAAAAGGAAUGGUUUACAAUACUCGCUAUUUUGUAUAAUUUAGUUCAAGCUUUCUUCUGGCUUUAAUUAUUUAAAAAAUGGUAACCUGACUGACCCAAACUUUGCUGCCAUCUGUUUGUAAUAUUGUUCUUAUAUUGCUGUCGAUUACUCCGAAAUUUUCACUUAUAUUGGCCAAUAAACUGUAAAACAUUAGUAUCACCCAACGUUGAGCAGCAUGUCCGUUAUACGCAAGUGUAUAUGUAUAUUGUGCCUGAAUGCAAAGAUUCAUUCGAAAUAUGUAAUGUCUAUAUAGGAACAAUUUUAUCUAACGUUCUGAGAUUUCAACGCUAUAAAUAAUAUUCUGCUUGAUUUUUGAAGAGAAUAAUCACGACCAAAGAUACGAAAUCUAUUAGCGAAACGUGUAGUGAAUUUUUGCCAAAUACAAUCCUGUGAAUGUAAUGACGUCGAGAUAAUUCGACUGAAUAAAUACUGCGCAGUGGCAUUGAAAAUAUUGUUUGAGGAAUUUUGAAUUUGAACUAGGCGAAGAAUUUGUACAUAUAAUUAAUAUAGUAUGCUCGUGGGAAAAUGUGAUAGUGAAAAACUUGGAUUUCUAACAACUACACUUGCGUAUUUUUUUUUUUUUUUUUUUUCAAUAUUUGUUUCUUUGGUCAACUAAAAACAUUUGAAGCGUAUCAAUGAAUCAAUUUUUCCUAAGUUGUUGUAUUUUGAUCCAGUUUGAAAAGUAUUAGGUGAACUUAUAUUGCACUUUAUUGUGGAUCAAAUCUGACAUUGUUUUUUGUGCCAAGCGUACCGUAGAAAUUGAUAUUCAAUUUUACGUGUCAACAUCCUUCUAAUGGUUGCAAGGAAAGAGAGCAGAGACAAAAAAAAAAAAAAAAAAAAACAGCCAAUUUUACUGUAUAUAUACGCAACUUUCGAAAAUUUGUUCGUUAAUCACGCAACGAAAUGAGCAUCACGCACGUUAUUAUAAAUAUUCCGUGACUCCGAUGUUACACGUAUAUAUUCAUUUAUCAAUCGUAGGGCUACUAGUUUAUUUAUUUAUUUACUUGAUUAAUUGUACGAAAUUCAAACGGGUUUCGAGUCUUAAUAUGUGGAGUGAUAGCCGAACAAUGAAAAAUCAAAAAUAUCAGUAUCAGAGUUACCAAAAAUUCAAAUUCUAUUGCUCCCCCAGUAUUGUAAGCCAAUCUUAUAUUAAAUAUUGGGCAAAGUUAUUUGCCUUGUCACUGCAGUGUUGCCAAAUCAUCGACAUCACUGUAAAAGUUGAAUGUUUUUAAAGCAUUCUAAGGUAUCCAUAUACCAACAUCAUAUGGAUGUUAUUGAAGCAAAAAACAAAAAACAAAAAACAAAAAAAAAAACAAAAAAAAACCAA